AUGGAGACUUCUUUGGGGACGUCGGAGGAAUUUCCCGCAGGUCGGUCGCGUAGGCCCAAACGACCGCCUGAGUAUCUGCGAAAGGAGUAUCAGUUGACCGGUGUGGCUAGUGCGGCCCAUGGUGCAUCGCAAGUCUCGCCGAAUGCGGCGGUCGCGUCUAGCGUCGGUGCGGGCGAUGAGGAUGUGGGUAACGAUGGCGAAGGGGAGGUUGCGCCUGUCCGAUCCAAGGCUGUUGCUUCCUUUAUGGCCGAAGAGCCUAGCGCGGCAAAAGGAAAGGCUGCGGCGGCUCCGCCUAAACCAGUGCCUGACAACCCUUUUGCGGCGAUGCCGUGCGGAUCUGCGCAGCCGGCAAGUGGAUCUCGUCGGGAUGAGACGGUUGCCGAUGACGCCGUCGUGAUUAGCCGCGCCGAGCUCGAGGCGCUGAAGACGGCGAGAGACGACGGCGAGCGUCGGAUUGCGCGGCUGGAGGCGCUGCUGUUGGCCAGAGACGAUCCGAAAACGCAGAACAAGAGGCCGAGGGGUCCGAGGGAGGAACGGGCGCACGGAGAUGCGCGGCCGCGCAAGCGCAGGCGGGGCGAAUCGGGCUCGGAGGACGCGACAUCGGAGGAGGGAGAGGAAGAUGAUGCAGAAGCGGAGCCAGUGAGGGCACGCCGUGUGGUCCGGCGGCGCCACAUGACAGUGUCGAGCUUACCCAUACUUCAGGAGGCAUUUGAUUUCCUGCCGUCCGGAAAAGCAUGGAAGGUUACGGACACGGUUCUUAACUGGGACAAGCGCAAGGCCCGCCUAUCAAACUCUGCUGGUGGCAACGCGGAGGUGGUGAACGGCCUCCACCAGGUCGCCGAAGGGGCAGUGGCGCAGGCGAUCCAAGACUUCAAGCCCAAGUACGAUGCUGAUGCACAGGCGUGGGUCUGGGGGGAGCACGGGCUGAUGCUGUCCUCGUGCGGGCUAGAGCACUUGAUUCCAGGCCGUUACGCGCAGAGGGCGCCAAUUGUGGAGGAAGGUGGUUCGGUUUCUCUGGGCACUGACUGA